AUGAGUUCUGAGAAGGAAACGUUGAUGGAUGAAAUCGAAAAGAGUUUAUGGAAUUUAACUGAGGACAAUUUACGCCACCUGUGUGAACGUCAUGGACCAGAUGGCAAAGACGGCUCCGAAAUUAAAGGAAUGAAUCAUCGCUUAUUACGGCGUAAAAUCAUGGAGGAAAUGUGGGACAAUACGGAUUCAAUGAAAUCAGAGGAGCAGGGAAUGUCUUGGUUACUCCAACUGAAAGAGGACAUCAGGAGGAUACUGGAGGAUGCUAGCAGCGCACUAAUGAGUCCCAGCCAAGCCGAUGAUGCUGAAGGCUGUGACGAAGAAUGGAACGAAGAGGGAGGAGCUAGGUUGCUUAGCAACACACCAGAAAAGAGACCCAUCAGAUCUCACACUGUUAAACAACACACAGUGAAAACUCACCACUGCUCGGAUUGUGGGAAGCAAUUCAUUGUAAAAUCAACCCUUAAACAUCACCGGCUAGUUUUUCACACAGACCACCCUCACCGCUGUGGUCAAUGUAAGAAAAGCUUCAUAA